GUCAGCUCCUGCCACGUCGCUGCUGCACUUCCUCUGAUGAACAGGACAAACUUCCAGCGAACUUUCCAGCAACAAAAAGACAGAUGUAAAACUCUGAUACAGAAGCUUUUCCAUUAUAAACACUGACUAUGUUUUCUCUUUAGCGAUGUGCAGUUUUGUAUCGGUUAAACAAUCUCUACUGGUGUGCUGAAAUGUGAGUUAGCGGUUGAGCUACUUUCAGGUCUCUACCUCCGUCUUUUGUUUUAUUAUCGCUCCUUCGACAGACUUGGGAAAACUUUACAACUACAAAUGGACUCAACAAACUCUAUAAACCAGACCUCCAGGGUCAGCACUGGAGAUGAUGUUCUCCGACGAGGCAGACUUGUUUCGUAUUUGAUGAAGCAGCAUCUUUAAAUUCUCAUCAAAAUGGGUUGUUCUGUCCUGCUUCUGACCAUCAUUGCAUCCACUCUUGGUGGUGUUGUGUUUGGCUAUGAGCUGGGUAUAAUAUCCGGUGCUCUUCCCCAACUCCAGACUCGCUUCUCUCUAGGCUGCGUCCAGCAAGAGGCCGUGGUCAGUGCUCUUCUGAUCGGAUCACUCUUUGCAUCAAUAAUCGGCGGCUGGAUGAUCGACCGCCAUGGCAGAAGAACAUCAAUCUUACUCAGCAAUCUCCUCAUCCUGGCGGGCUCCGUUAUUUUAACUACAAGCGCAUCGAUUUUUGCGCUGGUCAUCGGUAGGGCCGUGAUUGGCUUCGCGAUGACUGUUUCAUCAAUGAGCUGCUGUAUUUUCGUCUCCGAGAUGGUCACUCCUGAACGCAGAGGGUUGAUGGUGACUCUUUACGAAGUUGGCAUCACGGUUGGCAUCUUGAUAGCGUACGCCGUCAACUAUAUUUUCAAUAAUGUCCCAACAACAGGCUGGAGGUACAUGUUUGGAUUUGCUAUUAUUCCAUCACUCAUCCAAUUGGCAUCCAUUGUGUUUCUACCGCAGCAAGCUGAAGUCUUCGUAAUACAUGACGAUGAUAGUCGGCAAGCUGAUAGAUUAACAGAGGACACGGAAACAUCAAAUCGGCAUCAGCAAUGUGAGAAAUACGGUGUUUUUGACCUUUUUAAAAGCAAAGAUAACAUGCGCAGGAGAACAGUGAUUGGUGUUGGGUUGGUGCUGAGUCAGCAGUUUACAGGUCAACCAAAUGUACUCUUUUACGCCUCAACUAUACUGUUCUCUGUCGGAUUUCAAAGCAGUGCAUCUGCAAUUCUUGCGUCUGUGGGUUUCGGGAUUGUUAAAGUCAUCACGACUCUACUGGCGAUGGUGUGUUCAGAUCGAGCCGGCCGUAGAUCACUUCUGAUUGGUGGAUGCUCGAUGUUGGCUGUAGGAUUGAUUCUCACUGGAUUUCUAUGCAGGCAAUCAGUGAUCGACACAACGAAACGAUGCACUUCAGUAAAACCGCAUUCAAAUCUGACGGUAUUUGCUGAAAAUGAAGAAAGCGUGGGGUUUAGCUCUCAAACUCUUGAUGUUCCUGAACAUUCACAGAGCCUUUCGCAGUCUGAGGAUGUUUAUAAGUGGAUUAUUUUCAUCUGCUUGAUGGCAGUGGUGAGCGCUUUCUCUGUGAGCUUUGGACCAAUGACGUGGGUUGUGCUGAGUGAAAUAUUCCCGAAGGACAUCCGAGGAAGAGCCUUUUCCUUCAUCAACUGCUUCAAUGUGGGCGCAAACCUCAUAGUCACCUUUUCUUUCCUGAGUAUAAUCGAUGUCAUUGGCCUGUCUGGAGUAUUCUUGGUGUAUGGAGUUGUAGGAAUAGCAGGCGCAGUGUUCAUCUAUCUUGUUCUACCAGAGACCAAAGGAAAAUCUCUGCAGGAUAUUGACCGAGAGCUCUCUCAGACGCGACUGAUCCACAGACAGGAAUUUUGCAGCAUUUUCCAAAGACGGCGCUUCUCUCCAGGCUACCAGAGAGUUCAGCUGACGAGUACAACAACGUGACAUCUGCUGGAAAGCUCUGCUGAAGUGUGGUGAUGCUUGACAAUGCCUAUUUUUGCUGUUCCUUUUGUAGUAACUUGAUAGUUUUCAGUGAUAAAUCUUUGACAUGAGUGAGCUUCUGUCAUUAUGAUUUAAAAUAAAGUCACCUCUACUCUUA